AAUUCUGCCGGCGGUUUAUGACUCAUGUGUUAUUUAAUCCUCCGUUCACUCUAUAAUUAGGCUAUUUUAUUUUACUUUAUUUUCAUAUCUAAAACUUUUUCAUACCUUUUUUUAUUUUUUAUUUUCUUUCUAAAUAUAGUGUUCUUUCAAUCUCCACGUGAGAGUCUCUAAACAAAAAGCACAUUUCUGCUGAAAUCAGACAGAGACGAUCAGAUCCCAUUUUGUCUUUGGCACAAGAACCAAUCCCACCCAACGAGUUUUGGAAAUCAGAAAAUGAGCGAGCUUCCCGUGAACGCUAAUAAGAAACCCAAACUCAUAGAAGAAGAAGAAGAAGAAGAAGAAGAAGAAGCUAAUGUGUCUUGCAGAGAAGAGCAAGAAGAAGUCCUUGUCGCUUUAGUAGAGCAUCGUUCUAAUGAAAUCGAUCGUAUCAACCAUCACAUAUCUAAUUACCAAACCAAGCUUAUUGAAGCAGAGAAGAGUUUGCAGAAUUCAAAAGCUAAGUUAGCUCAACUUCGUGGAGACGUUUCUUCAAUUCCAUCUAAUAGUGUUAAGAAAGAUGAUAAACCAUUGAAGACUUUGAGGAAUGUGAGUGAAGAAGACUAUCCAUCUCCAUCACCUAGCAAGACUUUAAGGCCCUGUGAUAGCUCUGAUCAUCCUAGAAGUAGUAGUACUAAUAGUGUUUCCAAGGCUAAGACUGUUGUUGUUAAGCAAAGAUCUGAACCAUCUCGUGAUAGUCCAAAUGUUAAAGAUAGAGGGACGAAGAGAAAAUUUAAGCAAAAGGAGCACAAAGAAUUGAUUCGGUUGAUAGCUAGAAAUUCUUCACCAACUACAAUCAAGUGUCAUACCAGCAAUCAGAUCUCUAGUCAGCACAAGAGGAAAUUAAGAAGCUUGAUUCUGUGUCCUGUAAAUGAACAGCUGUUUGCAACAAGUUCUCUGGAUGGAAUGGUCAGUUUAUGGCAACUGCAGCCUGGAAGAUUGGCUGCAUCAUUGCUUAGUACCACUGACUGUAUGUCUCGAAAACAAAGGAGAUGGGCAGAAGAUAUGGCCUGGCACCCAUCUGGGCACACCCUUUUCUCUGUAUACACAGCAGACGAUGGUGAUUCUCAGAUAUCAAUCCUAAAUUUGAACAAGACACGCGGGGUUACUUUCCUGGAGAAUAAGCCUCACGUAAAAGGGAUCAUCAACAACAUAAAGUUCAUGCCUUGGGAAAAUACAUGCUUUGUCACCGGGGGAAGUGAUCAUGCUGUUGUACUAUGGAACGAGAGUGAUGAUGAAGAAAACAAAUGGAAGUCGAAAACUUUACACAGGAAUCUACAUUCAGCUGCUGUAAUGGGAGUGGACGGGAUGAGGAACAAGAAUGUUGUUUUAUCAGUUGGUGCAGACAAGAGAAUAUGUGGGUUUGAUGUUCAAGUUGGUAGAGCAGACUACAAGCAUCAAAUAGACUAUAAGUGCAUGAGUGUUCUCUCCAAUCCUUGUGACUUCAAUCUUUUCAUGGUUCAGUCAGGGGAACCAGAGAAACAGCUUCGACUGUUUGAUAUCAGGUUAAGGAAAACCGAACUCCAUUCGUUUGGGUGGAAGCAAGACAGCAGUGAGUCACAAUCAGCUUUAAUAAACCAGUCUUGGUCUCCUGAGGGUUUAUACAUAACCUCUGGCUCAGUCGACCCGGUCAUCCAUGUUUUUGACAUCAGGUACAAUGCUCGUAAGCCGACACAAUCAAUAAAAGCGCAUCAGAAACGAGUGUUUAAAGCGGAAUGGCAUUACUCUCAGCCACUUCUCAUCUCAAUAUCUUCUGAUCUCAACAUUGGUCUGCACAAGAUCUCAUGAAACUUUUGACCUCUAGCAUGUCUUUGUUCCUCAUUUCUUAUUAACUGAGGAUACAGGUUCAGGGUGGCGUAAUAUUUUAUCAGUCAUCAUACCAAUUCUUAGUUUUAGACAUAAACAUCAUUUACAUGUGGAUUCAAUAAAAGGUUUUACAUUCAA